GAAUGUGUGGUCGUCGUGUAUUGAUAGACUACUGUCAACAACCCAUUUUUUAUUGGAAGUUCUUGAUCAUCUUCGGCCGACUGCCCUUUGGACCGCAUAUCGUAGAUCGAAACUGAAAACUACUAAACGUAAUGUUAUCACUACUGCUUUAAAGGAGCCUCUGCGAGCUCCAUAACAUGUGAUCAGUUUGUGCCGCGCUGUGAUUUUCUAUUGGACGCUCAGAGUUAUGCCUCUGCGAGCCGCAAUCGUGGUUGAUUGGCUUAUUUUAGUGCUGGUGUAUGCAUGCCAUUCGGGCAUCUUUACGCGCGCGCUGUUACCUGUUGUAAUCUUUCAUUGGCUACACUGGUAUUUUCCCUAAAAAUACCAUUGCAUCAUUGGUCACAAAUGUGAGCUUCACUCUCGUGGAUUGGUUGGUGCCUAUGUCAUCCCUCGUGAAUGCGGAAGUCGUGGAGUCUACUGAGUCACCGUUGUAUCAGCUGAUUCUUUCUGAGUGAGUAAGAGCCGUCGCUGACACAGCGGAGCCCGAACGAGGGGAGGAGAGAGGGAGCUGGAACGGAGAGCCCAGGGUACCUGUCUACUGCACUGACGGACAGCAUGGGUGAAGAGGGGCCCCCCAGUCUGGAGUACAUCCAGGCCAAGGACCUGUUCCCCCAGAAGGAGCUGGUGAAGGAGGACGAGAGCCUUCAGGUGCCGUUCCCAGCGCUUCAGGGGGAAGGGGUGGAGCACCUGGGCCGAGCCGAUGACGCCAUCAUCGCCAUCUCCAACUACAGGCUCCACAUCAAAUUCAAGGACUCCAUCAUCAAUACCUACCCAGGUGUGGACAAUGAGAUUUCUGUCCCCCUCAGACUGAUCGAGAGCGUGGAGAGCAGAGAUAUGUUCCAGCUGCACAUCAUCUGCAAGGACUCCAAAGUAGUCAGAUGCCACUUCGGCACCUUCAAGCAGUGCCAGGAGUGGCUGAAGCGUCUGAACCGGGCCAUCGCCCACCCGGCCCGGCUGGAGGAGCUGUUUGCCCUGGCCUACCACGCCUGGUGUCUGGGGGGCAGCGCCGACGACGAGGACCAGCACGUCCACCUCUGCCGUCCAGGUGAUCAUGUUCGCCAGAGGAUGGAGAUGGAGGUGAGGAGGAUGGGCUUCGACAUGCAGAACGCCUGGAGAGUGUCCGACAUCAACAGCAACUACAAGAUGUGCUCCAGCUACCCCCAGAAGCUGCUGGUCCCUGUGUGGAUCACUGACAAGGAGCUGGAGAGUGUGGGCUCCUUCAGGUCCUGGAAGAGGAUCCCUGUGGUGGUCUACAGGCACCAGAGGAACGGGGCGGUGAUCGCCCGCUGCAGCCAGCCUGAGAUCAGCUGGUGGGGCUGGAGGAACACGGAGGACGAGUACCUGGUCACCUCCAUCGCCAAGGCCUGUCUGCUGGACCCAGGGACCCGCACCUGCGGGCCGGCCGCCUGCAGAGCCCCCCGCGCAGACGGGCCGGACGGCUCCGAGAGCGACUUUGACUCCUCUCUGACAGGAUGCCCAGGCCCUGAUGCCAAUGCUGCGCCACAGAAGCUGCUGAUCCUGGACGCCCGCUCCUACACCGCUGCAGUGGCCAACCGUGCCAAGGGCGGAGGCUGCGAGUGUGAGGAGUAUUACCCCAACUGUGAGGUGAUGUUCAUGGGCAUGGCUAACAUCCACGCCAUCAGGAACAGUUUCCAGUCCCUGAGGACAGUCUGCAGCCAGAUCCCAGACCCGGGAAACUGGCUCUCAGCUCUGGAGAGCACCCGUUGGCUGCAGCACCUGUCCGUCAUGCUGAAGGCAGCCACUCUGGUGUGCUCGGCGGUGGAGAGGGAGGGCCGUCCCGUCUUGGUGCAUUGUUCUGAUGGGUGGGACCGCACCCCUCAGAUAGUGGCCCUGGCCAAGAUCCUGCUGGACCCCUUCUACAGGACACUAGAGGGUUUCCAGGUGCUGGUGGAGACUGAGUGGUUGGACUACGGUCACAAGUUUGGCGACCGCUGCGGUCACCAGGAGAACGCCGACGACGUGAGCGAGCAGUGCCCCGUCUUCCUGCAGUGGCUGGACUGUGUCCACCAGCUGCUCAAGCAGUUCCCCUGCCUGUUUGAGUUCAACGAGGCCUUCCUGGUCAAGCUGGCCCAGCACACGUACUCGUGUCUGUACGGGACGUUCCUCUGCAACAACGCCAAGGAGCGCGAGGCGCGCAACAUCUACAAGCGCACCUGCUCCGUCUGGUCCCUGCUCCGCACCGGGAACAAGAACUUCCAGAACUUUCUCUACAUCCCCGGUCACGACAUGGUGCUGCAGCCGGUGUGUCACACGCGGGCGCUGCAGCUGUGGACGGCCGUCUACCUGCCCACCUCCUCCCCCUGCACGGCCGCCGAGGACGCCAUGGAGCUGUACCUGUCCCCCAGCGGGCAGGGAGAGGAGCUCACCUCACGCUCCCUCGACAGGCUUCCCAAGACCCGCUCCAUGGACAACCUGGUGUCGGCGUGUGAGAACGGGGUGGCCCUCACCCGCACCUCCAGCGACCCCAACCUGAACAAGCACUGCCAGGAGGCCCGGCCCGCCCUCGAGCCCAUGGCCUCCAUGGCAGGAGCCGGCGGGGACCCCGCGGAGCUCAGCCCGGACACGGGCCUGGACAGCGACGACUCAGAGGUGGAGCCUGUCCCCCACACCCCGCCCUCCACCCCUCUGAAGCCAGGGCCGAGUUCAGACAGCUCGGAGGAGCAGGGGGAGGAGCCCUGUCUCACCACACAGCCCCUCCCCUCUCUGCCCCUCCCUCCUAUCCCCCUAGAGCAGGGCCUGCCCCUCCCCACGCCCAUCCUGCACCAGGCCCUGCCCCACACCGCCAUCCCCCCUCUCCCACCCCCUCCCCUGCCACUAGAGGCUGAGAGCCCCUCCAGGACUGCAGAGCUCAGCCCCUCCCCGCCCCACCCUGCAGAACCAGGCUCACCCCCUGCCUGCAGCAGCCCUCCUCCUUCUCCUCCACACAGCUACAACGGCUUCCUGGACGCCCCUCCUGACCUUGGCUCCUCUGGGUCAGCCCAGCUGCUGGCCUUCAAACCGCUGGCCCCGCUGCUCCCCAUGGAGGGCUCCACUGAGACGCUCACAGACGAGACCGAGGCCGCCCCAGACCUGCCCCUCAGCACGAGAGAGAGCCAGGACCAUGCCCAGGACCAGGAAGAGGAGAAGUCCCAGGCCCAGCUUCAGGAUGUCGGUCAGCCUGAGCCUCUGCCCCUGCUCCCGCCCCAGCCUCAGCCCCUGCCCCAGGCAAAGCCUCAGGCCCAGCCCUGCUCGCCAGAGAAGGACAAGAGAACCGAGGCCGUAAACGGGGGCGAGCUGGUGCCUGUAAGGCAGCGGGCGGUAGCAGCCACCUCCGUAGCCGUGCCGGUGGUGCCCCCGGUGGACUGCGCCCACGCAGCCCGGCGCCUCAUCUCCCAGAGCCAGCUGACGGACCUGUCUCUGCUGGGCUCCCACUGGGAGAGCGUCCAGGGCCUGGUCCAGUCGGCAUGCAGCACCGCCAGCCCCGCGGGCAUCUGCCGCGCCCUGCAGCCCACCGCCAGCGCCGCCUACCACAGCCGGCGGCUGGCGGGGAAGCUGCUGAGGGCCCAGGGCCUGGCCGUCACCAACGGGGGCCAGUGCUGCCGCAGGGAGGCGGCGCGCGGGGCCAGCAGCCCCGUCCAGUCGGGCUGGCUGUCGGCGGUCAAGGGCUCGGCCUCCGCCGCUCCCUGCGGCCCCGCCACCGCUGCCUCCUCCUGCCGGCAGCUCCUCCCGGCCUUGCACGCCUCGCCCUCGGGCUCCCCGCCGCCGGCCUACCUGGACGACGACGGGCUGCCGGUCGCCGUGGACGCGGUGCAGCAGCGCCUGCGGCAGAUCGAGGCGGGCUACAAGCUGGAGGUGGAGGUGCUGCGGCGGCAGGUGCGCCAGCUGCAGAUGAGGCUGGAGAGCAGGCAGCACGGCACGCCGCCCUCCGAGCCGGACGUCGACUACGAGGACGACAUUACGUGUCUGCGGGAGUCGGAUGACAGUGACGAGGAGGACUCUCUGUCUGACCACAGCGAGGACCGCUUCUCCGAGGGCAGCUGGGACCGUGUGGAGCAGAAGGACACAGAGGUCAGCCCUCAUAGUCUGCUUCAGGUCACAAGGUGGGUCCCUGACCACAUGGCUUCCCAUUGUUUCAACUGUGACUGUGAGUUCUGGAUGGCCAAGAGACGUCAUCAUUGCAGGAACUGUGGCAACGUGUUCUGUAAAGACUGCUGCCACCUGAAGCUGCCCAUCCCAGACCAACAGCUGUAUGACCCGGUGCUGGUGUGCAACACCUGCCACGACCAGCUGCUGGAGUCCCGGAACCGUGAGAUCCGCAGCCAACAGCUCAAGAAGCCCAUCGCCACCGCCUCCAGCUGAGAGCGACCUGCAGCCUGCCCCCCCCGCAGCCUGACCCCCCGAAGCCUGGGCCCCAUCUGGAUCAGCAGCUCCUCGGCUUUGGACAGACGAUCCGAGUGCCCCCUCUCCCCCCCUCCCCCCCACCACUACCCCGAUCUACUGUGGUCUUUGCUGUGGGUGAACAUGAGGAGGACUGGUUAGUCGAUGGUUGGCCUGGGUCUGGAAUGGAGCCACACUGUGACUGUGGGAGGAAGGUGUGGAGGAAAGUGGGUGGGCGUGAGGGGGGGGGGGGUGGUUGUUUGACAACAAACUGAGAGAAGAAGAAGAAAGGUCAGGAAGGAGGUCGUCCUACUGAGCGUGAACCUGUUUGGUCAAAGACAUUUCCAGCCUGGAGUGCUGCAGCGUCCUGCUGCCCCCAGGGCUGUGUCCUUAACUGGUGCCCUGCCCCUCUACACACACACACACACACAC